AUUACUUAAAAAGUAACUGUGUAUAGUUGUUGUGCUCAUAAUUCAAUUAGCGAGCAAUUAAAACAAGUCAGCAACAAGCGCAAACAAAUCGCUCGCGCUUUUUGAUCAUACGAGUUCCAGUUCCAAUUAAAUUAACUUUUGAGGUUCAGACAUAUGGUAUACACAAACACACGUAUAAUCGAAUAUUUAAACAAACUUGCUAAGGCGAUUAGAGGCGAAAAGCGCGAACUAGUUUCCAAGACAGCAGAAAACAACAAGAAGCAUGAAACAGAAUAUUCAAUCAUAAAAAACGAGCAAAGCAAGAAUAAAAAAAAGGUCCAUUAUAUUUGCAUAAAUAAAUGAAGCAACAAACAAAAAUAAAAAACAAAACAACAAAAAAUCGCUGCCAAAUUUGAAGAGUGCUGGAAUUUAACUACAAAAAUUCUGACGUUGACGCUGACGCCGACGCAAGCACGACGCGACGCUAAAGACACACACAUACGCACUCACUCACACACGAGCUCGCGAGUCGCGAGCGACCGAAGGCAGAGCGAGCUUUACUUCGGCUGCUCUCGUUGUCGACGUUCUCUGUGCACGCUUUGAUCAGUUGUUCGCAACGCGCUCAGCUGCUCGGUCGAAAUCCCCGCAAAAUUGACAGCAACAAAGAAUCGAAGAAAAAAAGAAACAACAAAACGAUAACACCGAAAGCUUUCCAGAGUUGUUGUAAAUUUUUGCCAUAAUUAUAAUACACAAUAAUAUUUUACGAUAUAUAUUUGGAUUUAACGUGUGUGUGCCAUCAAGUGUCGAACACGAGUGUUUUCUAAUAACAACACCCCGACAAACCAAAAGAAAAAAAUAUAAAAAAUCUAUUCGGAGCUUUUCAAUGUCAAAACUUCAAGUCUUACGUCAACAACAAUAACCCAUAAAAGUAUGUGUAUUUGCGUUUGUGUGCAUGCAUGUAUUAUUAAAAGUACAUGCAUAUAACAAUUCUUAGAGCUCUUAUGUACAUUGGGUAUUUGUAUGUAUGUUGUUUCUUGUUGCUUUCUGGUGACAAGCUGAUAAGAUUCGCCAGACGCGAGCCUGAAUAUGAAAUACUAAUUUAACUUAUCAAAUUUGAUACAAAAGUGUGCAUAGUUCUUAUGAUUAAGUGUAUAUGUGCUAUAUUAAAUAUUAUACACACAUAUUUCAGUCGGUUUUAAUCGCCACAUGUGUGACCCAGUUUAAAAACCCAACCAACAAAAAGCGUGACCAACAACAACAAUGAAAUACACAAUUUACAUAUAAAAUACAAAAUAAAAGAAAACGAAGAAGAAAUAAGCUUCUUCCCUUUGCGCCGCGUGUUCAUGCAUAUAAAUUAAUUAAUGGCUGCAAAUAAACAAUAACAAUUCUUCUAUAAGUAGCAGAAAUGUUUAAAUAAACACAGCAGCGAGUAUAAAUUCUCCCAACAAUUUUCAUAUUUCCUCAUCGUCUUACAAUUUGUGUUGAACACGGAAGUCAAAAGUUUGCCUCAUAAACGACGCCGACAUCGACGACGAUUUACAACUCUAUCUCUACUCCCUCUCAACUGGAAUUGUUUAUACUUUUUGUAUAGCACAGUCGAAUAAGCAAGUGUAAAGCAACUGCGCUCAAAGCAGCGCUUUAGCGCCUCUGGCGCCCAACUAAAUAGAGAGAUAGAGAGAAAGAGAAGGGUAGAAGAAGUAGAAGUAACAGCGGGAUCUGCAUCCUUCUUUCCCGCUCGCGACAUUCGUUCGAUCUCUCGCAAUGACUGAGAAUCAGGUGUAUCCCAUGUCAUCGGAAUUCUUUGACAGCGGCUCCAACAGCAGCAGCAAUCCAUUGAAAUACGAGCUCUACUCACUGGGCACCCCAACGUUGACGAUCAACACAGGCGGCAACUACAAUAACAUUUCAACAUCGAGUGCCAUCUCCAGCAGCAACAGCAGCAGCAGCAACAACACGACAACCAGCUACACAUCGAAUGUGAUGCUAAGCACAACAGCAAUUAGCAUACCGCGCAGCAAUAAUCCCAAUCAGAGCCAUCACCAUCUUCAUCAUCAUCAUCCGUAUCAUCAGCUGAGCGAGACGCCAACGUUGACGCCGACAACGCCACGCCAACAGCAUCUACUACACAUUCUGCCCAGCAUGGCGCAACAACAUCAACAGCAGCAACAACAGUUGCAACAGCAGCAGCAUCAACAACAACAACAGCAGCAGCAGCAGCAACAACAUGAGACACAACAAGCCCUGCAGCUGGGUGAACUAUCCGACUUUGGACUGGAUGCGCUGGACGCUUCUUCAUUGUCGCCCACUUUGCUGCAGGAUGUGAGUCUGAGCGCCGCCUCGCCGCUCAGCUCGACGUUGUACAGCAGCAGCAGUGGCAAUGCUGCCAGCAGCGGCUACUUUACGCCCGAUUUGAGCGCCAGUCUCAAUCUGAAUACGGUUCAUGAGCAAUCGCUGCUGCAGGAAGUGGUCAGCAACAGUGGUUUGCUGUACGAGAUGACCCCCAAUUCGAAUGCCAUGUGGAGCGAUAUUAGCAAUGCCAUUGUUCAUACCAAAAAUGAGCCAUUUAAUCUAGACGACGAUUACAUUUUUCCCAACGAUAAAGCCGAAAUACAGGCGAACGAUUUGAGUGAUUUGAAUGGUGGCGAUUUCUUGGAUGUCAUUGGCACCAUUGAAGACUUGCUGCCACAGCAGAAUGUGAACUUUUUACUCUCGCCGCAAUCUCACACAUCGGACCACUUGGUGGGGCCGCCACUCGAGUUGGAGUUGCUGCAACAACAGCAGCAGCAACAGUUGCAGACACUACUGAACCAAAGCCAACAGAUUCAACAGCAGCACCAGCAACAACAAGAGCAGCAGCAGCCAGGCGACACUUUCGAACUGUUCCACAGCACACCGCAUAAGCCGGCGACGCAGCAGCUGAGCUCGAGCUUCUCGCCGGGCAGCCAGGCAUCGCAAUCGCCGCUGACACCGCCUCCGCCACCGCAUGCCAACCGGUCGCAGUAUCAGCUGGUGAAGUCACGCAACAUGCAGGAGCUGCUGAAGAAGGGCAUUGUCAUGUCCUCACCUCCGGAUCGUCACUCCUUGCUCAGUCAGUCCGCUGCACUGAGUCCGGGUGGCGCCAGCAGCGGCUUCGGCAGUGUGAAUAGCACCACAACCACUUGUAAUGGCAGUGCAUCGGCUCAGGGCCAAGUGGUGAUCACAGCUGGGGCGGCGGGCAGUGUGCGCAAAUCGAGUGGUUAUCAGGGCGCAGUGGAGAACUCGCAAUUGUCGCGCUUGUCAUCGUCGGCGCCCACGCAUCUAGAUCGCGAGCACAUCUGGAUGCGACGUGAGCCCCGACAGCAUUUACUAUCCACCGGCUCGCUGGCCGAGGCCGAGAGCUUCUCAUCGCUGAGCACGGGCAGCGUGUUGUCCCCGGAUGGCAUUGAUUUCUCGCAAGACGAUGACGACGAUGCAUCCAGCGAUAACAGCGACAACUACGAUGACUUUAGCAGUGACAACGGUUCUGGCGAUGAGGAUGAGACACGCACUUCAACCCCAAAUCAGCUGAGUAGCAGCAAGGGCAAGGAGCGCUUCUUCUGGCAAUACAACGUACAGGCCAAGGGGCCCAAGGGCAAGCGUCUGGUCUUCCAAUCCAAGCUCGAGGAUCCACAUGUGCUCAACGAGGUCACCGAUCCGGUGUUCAGUCCCACCUGCUCUGUGCGCGGCAUAAAGUGUACAAAGCACAGCGGCAAAGCGCGUAAGGGAGAUGGCAACGAUUUGACUCCGAAUGCACGCAAGCUGCACAACAUUGGCAAGGAGUUGGACAAGCUGAGUCGCACCAUCAACGACAUGACGCCCGUUUCGGAGCUGCCCUUCAAUGUGCGACCCAAGUCGCGCAAGGAGAAGAAUAAGCUCGCCUCGCGAGCUUGUCGACUCAAGAAGAAGGCCCAACACGAGGCCAAUAAGAUCAAGCUCUAUGGCUUGGAGAUUGAGCACAAGCGUCUGAUGAACAGCAUUGCCGAGUUGAAACAGGCGCUGGCACUCAAGCAUCGCACAAAGAGUCAGGGCGAGUCCACCGAGGAGGUGGAUCUGCAAAUUCAACGCAUUUAUAGCACAGCAUCAUCUGGCAUACGCAUUGCGGGCGGCUCUACUGAUUUUGUGAACAAGGUCUUGGAGAACAUGCGUGGCGGUUUGCCCAACGGAGGCCUGGAGGAGCUGCGUAAAUCAUCGUAGACCAAAAAAGCAUAACUAUAACGAACCGCCCAUCAACUUUAGUUGUAAGCCAACACGAAAAAAAAAUGAAAGCUAGCUUGUAACGCAAUCCACACGCCCCAAAAUCUACCUGAAACGAAAGAAAAACAAUAAGCCAACCUACCAACUUACCAAACAAUCAAUCAUUUUCGAAAAUGUUCUGCUUGAGUGAUAAAUACUUAUGUUGAUAUGAUGAUAACAGAUAGAGAAGGAUAGAGCGAAAGAGAGAGAGAGAGGAGAGUGAGUUAAAGAGAGAACGAUGUAACUGUGAUUUAAGAGCCUGGCGUAGCAUGCAACAGAUGAUAUAUGCCACACAUAUGUGAAACUAUGUGUCGAAACUAUUUUGUCAAACGCGCUAAAGAUUCCCUGGAAAUUCCCUGGCACAACUAACCGAGAAAUGAAAUGAAACGAAACAAAAUGCAAACAAAGAGGCAACUACAAACAAACAAACAAAAAUCAACACACAAAUCUAUAAAAACAAUUACAAAAACAUAAAAAUAUUACGUCAUUUGUUUAGCGAGUAAGAAAACAUGUUAUUAAGAAGCAAGCGAAAAAGCGAAAGAAAUGUUGAAUGAAUGCGUCUUGGAUUUAGCUACCAGAUUUACCUGUUUACAACAUAAGAAUUGAAUUGAUUUGUUUUCAACAAUUGCAUGCGAUUGCGAUCAAUUGUAAAAAGAAAUAUAGGUAGUUACAUAUAAACACUCAUAUGCAUAUGUGUGUGUAAUCAGGUGCGAUUUAUUUUGUUUAAUUUUUGAUGCUUCUUUACAUGAAUAAUAUUAAUGUUACAAUUGGUUCAAUGUUUAGUACUAAGUUUUUACAAAUUCGAUACCAACUGGAGAGCUUUUAUCAUGCAUAUACUAUUAUUAACAUUAUGUUUGUUAUAUACCCCCCUCGAUCCUAAAUUCCUCUCCCAUUUAUCAAUUACCAAUUACCACUUACCACUAGGUUAUCAGCAGUUUGUUGCAGUUUACAAUUUCUAUUAUUAUUUAAUUCAAAUCGAAAAACAUGCAUAAUCAAUGUGAAAUGUGUUAUGCAAAUGUGUAUUUUUAAUUAAUUUUACAACAAUAUACAUAUGGACUAAAUAUGUAUGUUCACAUAUAAAUAUGUAUAUGUUCAUAUAUUUAAACAUGUAUGCAUGGUGAUAUAAUUUUACUUGUCUUUUGUUAAUGUGAAACCCUUUGGCUGCGAUAUGCUUUUUGGUUUUGCCCCAAUUCUAAUUUUUAAGUUUUCUAUUAUUCGUAUCAUAUUUUACGAUUUUGCAUAUAAAUUACCUUCAAUAUAAACUAUCUAUAUCUACAUAUAUACCUACAUAUAUCUUUAUCUAUAUACUAUACGUGUAUAAAUCAUAAUUUAUUAACAUAAGCAACAACAACAACAACACACACCUACGAUUGAACUUCAAAUUCAAAUCCUACAUUACUUUUGGUUUCUUCUUACAUUUAGUUACGGGUCGCUCUUUGAAAUGCAUACGAAUAAGUUUCAAAUACAAAACACCAAAAAAAACCAAAAAACAAAACAACUUAA